CACAACUCUCUUCUCUUCUCCCUCUCUUUUCUCUCUCCCCACCAUACCUCUCUCUUGGACAGAAAACCCAGAGCCCAGCGAAAAGCGUUGGAGCAAGAGUUUACUGAUGCAACUGUUGCAAUGGCAGACUAACGUUAAAAUGUUGAUGGGAAUUUCCAAUCCUUUUUACAUGGAAGUUGUUCUUCCGACUUCAUGAAACAAGGGUUUACAUGUGACCUGAUGCCAGGUACCAAGAUUCUGAGAAGAUGUUCAGUUUGUUGUGGACGCCAUUUUGAUGGCUGUGGAGAGCUUUUUACGGAGGAGAGGAAAACUGAUGAUGUUCUGCGCUUCUUAAACUACACAACAGAUUGUUCGCUGCUAUCAACAUCCAGUACAAUGUCUCAGAACUCCAUGCCCACUUUCGUAUACCGACGUAGAAGAUACCAUAAGAACUCUCUUUCAUUCUUCGAAAUUGAGUCAUCUGCCGGUACUAAACCUAGUGAUGCUUGCCACUCUGCCGUCUGUUCUGAAGCUCCUAUGUUGGCUGGCAAAGAGUAUUUGGUUUCUGUUUCUGAGCGUGCAACAGAAGAUGUAAGAUCUCCUACGGUGCAUCCAGUUGAAAACAAUAAAGUGGCUGCAGCAUCCUCUAACGGGUUUCGUGCUGUGGAAGAAGCUGGUUCUGAAGAGGCCUUGACAACUGAUGGAGACAGAAUUUUGAAUGACUGCAGUGCCAAUGAUCAUUGUUCAUCAUCAAAAUCAAAUUUGGAACUUAGUUCAGCUGCCUUAAAAGUUAAUACAGAUGAUGCUGGCGAGUGCUCCUCUUCUGGUGCAUUGAUUGCCGGGAAGGCGCCAGAAGAGAUUUCAGAAAGAGAUGUUUGCAUUUCAAUUCUUAGAAGUCAGGGACUGCUUGAUAAAGUUUGGGUUAGACGAGCUUCUAAUGAAAAUACCAACAACUACUGUUCGAAGUCAUGCAAAGUCUGUAAGAAGACGGAGAGUUCAAAAAACAUGCUAAUAUGUGAUACCUGUGAUGAUGCAUUUCAUACUUCUUGCUGUAAUCCUCGUAUAACAAUAUUGCCAGUUAGUGAGUGGCUUUGUAGCUCGUGUCUGAAAAAAAAACAUAAAAUAAUGAAAGAUAAAUCUACAAGCAGCAAUUUGGCAAACACAAGUACUGAAAGUGGCAGAAAUCGACAUUUAGCUUCAGAAUUGGAAUUGGGCUCCUUGGAGUUCAUGUUUAGAGAUACUGAACCGUAUAUGUCCAAUGUGCGAAUUGGCAAUGAAUUUCAAGCUGAUGUUCCUGAUUGGCGUGGCCCCAUUGAUGAGGAAUGCAAUCUUAUUGGCAAUCCAUUAGAAUUGGAUACUUCUAGUAACAUUAACAUGCAGGACGCGGAUACUAUCAAAUCUUUAAAGCGUCCUAUUGGUAAUUGGCUUCAGUGCCGUGAGGUCAUCGAAGGAGUUGGACAAGGCAUUGAUGGAACUGUAUGUGGAAAAUGGCGCAGAGCCCCCCUUUUUGAAGUUCAAACAGAUAACUGGGAAUGCUUCCGUUGCGUUCUUUGGGAUCCAACUCAUGCAGAUUGUGCUGUACCCCAGGAACUAGAGACGGAAGAAGUCAUGAAGCAAUUAAAGUAUAUGGAGAUGUUGAGACCCCGGCUUACUGCAAAGAGGCGCAAGUUGGAUGGUCCGAAGGGUAGCGGUGUACAAGACCGGUCGAGGUUAUGAAGAAACGUGAAGAUGAUGAAAGGCUAUUAAGUUGUAGAUGAGUAGAGUCUGAUGAUGGCUGUAAGUUUUGAACUACAUAUCGAAAUGCAAAAUAUGCAUCGAAAGCUUUGAACUACAUGUUGGUGAGAGGAGGCUCUCUUAGGGUAGCAUUUUUUGGUUUUUCUUUUUUGGGUUGUGAAUUUUUGUUCAUCUUUAGCAAUGCCAUUGUCUAGCUUAUAUUGUU